GCACUAAAUUAAGACUCCUCGCAUUAUCAUCACUGACUGGGUGUGGCUAGUGGGGGCCUUGAUUCAGGCCAUGCAUAUGGGAAGACGGUGGGGAAGCUUUGGGAACACCAUUACUCAGCAAUCCUGUUAGAUUACAACACUAGCACCGACUGAAGGCAGAUCGACUUUUGCACACUGCUUCAGUAUGUCAUGAGGGUUGAGCUUUGUACAGGAAGUCAUCCACGCUCAAUGGAAGAACCAGAUCUGGCGCGCCCUCGUCCUCGGCAGCAAGCCACUCCUUUGCAAAGGGCCUCGCGACGGGCGCUUGCUGCCUGUGAAUUGUGUCGUUGGAAAAAGGUCCGCUGCGAUGCUCGUGGUGGACAUCCAUGCUCCAUCUGUGUGUUUGAAAGCGUCCAAUGUGUUCUAUCACCCAAGCGCCCCAGAAAGUCAAGCCACAGGCAUAGCAAUCCGCGUCCACCACCAAGACUUCUUCCAGGAGACAACCUUGCUCUGUCCAGUAUGGCCGAGCAUGACACGAGCCCCGAGCGAAAUGAAGCGGUGACGGCCACUCAGCCUCAACCUUCUCCAGUGCUGGCGGGCUUCAACACAGUCGCAGACAUAACCAUAGAGAGUCCAUUCAAUCUAGAGGAUCCGCAAAAUUGGAGGUCCAAUGGUUUAGAACAAACCGUUCCACCAUCUCAUACUUCGCUCCGUCUGUCGAGGCAUCUUGCCUCACGGAGUAGCUCGGCCUCCUCUGGACCGUGUGUAAGCGAUUUACCUGCAUGGGUCAAACCCCUCCCUUCGAGUAUGGCUGAAGAGGAUGUCGAAUACUUGCAAGUAAAAGGUGCUCUUACCCUCCCAGAUGCCGAGCUACUUGAUGCCUGCUUGCGAUCGUAUUUUCAGAACGUUCAGCCGUUGUUCCCCAUUGUGAACCCUUUUGACAUCUUGUCGAUCGUCAAAGGCACCAAGACAGAUGACAAGCUGAGUCUCCUACUCCUCCAGGCUCUCAUUUUUGUUGGUAGCACGUGGGUCGAUGUCAGGCUGGUUCGCAGAAUUGGGUUCCUCUCCCGGAAGGCUUUUAGGAGAUCUGUUCACCAGAAGCUCCGAUUGCUAUAUGGAGCCGACUACGAGGAUGAUAGGAUAUGCCUGAUUCAAACUUUCGUGUUGUGGACAUUUUGGUUUGAAGGUCCGAAUGAGAACAAAGAUGCCUGGCAUUGGAUCGGGAUCGCCCUGUCGCUGUCCCGCACCAUCAGUCUGCAUCAAGCAGCACCCAACCUCCUUCUCGGUACAUCUAUGCACCGAUUGCGCAGACGGCUGUGGUGGGGCCUGGUCACCCGUGACACCAUAGGGUCCUUCGCAUUGAGCAGGUCACCAAGGAUCAUGGAAGUCGACCACGACGUGCCCAUGCUUGAGGUGGAUGAUUUUGACUUCCACCAUGCAACUGAUGUGCUCCCUGGAGCUGUUCCUUCAACCUUACGACAGCAACGCGCACAUGCCCAGCAAUGUGUGUCUUUUGUCCAAUUGAUGCACAUCUGCGGAAAGAUCUUCAAAGCAGCCUAUCCUGAGCUGGAAUCUGGCAAAACAGCAGUGCUCUACUCACGUCACCAAUUAGAGGGCAGUGACAAAAUGGCAACAAAAAGGAUCUCACUGAAUACGGACCAACUGAGAGCGUACGAGAAAGACCUCGAGCUGUGGCGUCAAGGUGUCUCUGAUGAGUUGUGGCAUACCACGCCUUUUCCGCCAAGUCCUCGAGCGAUGGAAAAGGCCGAAUUGGCUCACCGGGGAUUGCUGGCCAUGACCUACUAUGCGGCUCUGUUGAACUUGCAUCGGCCGCAAAUGUUGCCAGCAGUCACAGUGUCCAGCUCAAUCGAGCCUGCAGAUAGGGGCCCGCCAGAUAAGUCCAGAGCAAUCGUUCGCUUCGCAGCCCGGCAAAUCACCCAAAUCGCCAUGGGCUUUUACGAGGAAAACCUGGUCGAAUCACUUUCGGCAACUUGUAUCACCUGUCUCAUCCCUGCUAGCAUCAACCACAUUUUCGACAUGACAUCGCUGGACAACGCCAUACGUUCCGAGGCAUAUCAACGGCUAGAACAGUGUAAAGCUAUCUUCCAGGCCUUUUCCGAACAGCAGUUUGGCGGUGUAUGGGCGUUACACCUUAUCGACUACAUUAUCAACCGGUUGGAAUUGCGAAAGCAACAGUCAAAAGUGACAGAUCCCUCUAAACAACCAGCGAGCAUUGGCUUAGGUCGAAAUGUCGAUCACGGUGAAGUCGUACCCCCGAACAUGGCACAAGACCGUACUGAAAAUACAUCAAUAAUAGACAUGGUAUCCUCCAUCUACUCAUCUGGGCAAGGUAGUAGAGACGAUUCCCUGAGCUCCAACGGACUUGUCGGGCCCAACGAAAACGACGGGCUGACAUCAGAUACCACAACGAUAGCGCUUGAACCAGCCACCCGUUAUCCUAACGGCAUAUUCGACAACGACUUGCCGCCACUGGCCUUGGACCAGCCUCUUCCGGACGACUUAGCCGCUUUUCUUGGGCCUGAUCUCUCCUGGCUCGACUUUGCUUCCGCCUCAGACAACGUCGACGGGAUGAACUGGACUGAUAACGAUCCUGUGUAAACAAACAAGCAAGUGACUAGAGCAAUGUCCAAUCUUGGCACAAACAGCGACAGAACAUCGAAAGGAACGUCGGUUGGUGGCUUUGACAAUCCUGUACCUACAGCACCUGCUUGAUUGUGGUUGUCUCCACCAGAAUUAGCUGAGCAGUUGAGCCUGUCACUUUCUGACUUACAUAGAAUGACCGCAUCGAAAAGAGGUAAAAUUGAGUUACAAUUACCGACAGGAGAAUAACAUCGAUCGGAAGACUUGGGGUAGUCAGAUAACCCGAAUUUUCUUCAGAGAGCUUUGCG